GGUAAAGGCUUUCAAUUGCGGCUCGGAGGUCUCUGGUUCGAAACCUGACAUUUUCAUUAACAUUUUUUUUGUUGCAAUUUGGGUGUUGGAUCUGAUCUGAAUGAAGAAAAGCAUGGAAGAAGGAGGAGGAGGAGGAGACAAGUCCUCCUCUGCUUCUUCUUCUUCUUCAAGGAAGCUUAAGUUUGCGCCAAAAGCCCCACCUCGCAGGAAAACCAAACCCUCUCCCUCUCCCACUCCCAAAACUGAAGUGGUUGAUGAAGAUGGAAAAGCUGAAGAAGAGGCACAGUAUCUACUUCGCCGCUUCAAUGAGAAUCUUGCUAGACGGGGGCCUAGAGAAGAAAAGAAAUCUUCUGUUCAAGUUGCAUUUGGUCCUGGAGUUAUGCCUUCAACUUCCCUAAAGGUAUAUGGUGCUGCCAAGGAGGAGAAUGUCGGUAACAGAAGUGCCUCAGUCCCAAAAAGUUCUGAUAAUGGGGAAACUCUCUUAUCUUUGCCUUCGUCUGCCAACGAAGAUGGAAAUGAUGCAUGUUCUGCAGAUCCUAUGGAGACAUCAGCUCAGAUUGUCAAGAAAGAAUAUAGAGAACGUUGGGAUUACCACCACACUAAUUAUCCAACUACUCUUCCAUUGAGGAGGCCUUACUCUGGAGACCCAGAACUUCUUGACAUGGCUGAAUUUGGGGAGGCUGCUGCAAAUUAUGAGUACGAUGAGAAUAUUAUAAAUCCUGCUUCAGACCUUGGACUGAAGGUGGAAAGUGAGGAAGAAAAGUUGUUAUUCUUUCAGCUUCCUGCUAGUCUGCCAUUUCUCAAAAGAUCAGCUAGUAGAAAGGGGAAAGAGAAAGUUGAAUCCCAUACAUCACUGGAAAGCGGAGGCAUUUCAAAGAAGAGCUGCAGUUUGGAAGAGUUGCCGGGUGGAUAUAUGGGCAAAAUGUUGGUUUACAAGAGUGGAGCAAUCAAGUUAAAGCUAGGAGAUUCCCUGUAUGAUGUUUCUCCUGGUUCGGAUUGCAUAUUUACUCAAGAUGUUGCAGCAAUCAACCUUGCAGAAAAAGAAUGUUGCGUUCUUGGAGAGCUUGGCAAACGGGCUGUUGUAACCGCUGACAUUGAUUCCCUGUUGGAUAGCAUGAUUGACUUGGGCUAAAUGCAAAGACGUUGCCUGCAAAUGAAAUAUAAACAAUUUGACGCGUGGUGGAAGAACCAUCAACAUGAUAGAGGUACCAUUGGUGCGUAUGUAAAGAGGGUAAAUGAGUAGAUAUGUAACUAAAGUUGUUGACAAUUCUGACAAGGUAACUUGUAAACAACUGCUUUUGAGAUUCAUUGUUUGUUUUCUAUGGCAAAGUUUAUUUAAAACU